GAGGAAUUAUCCUGAGAGGUACACGACUUGAUAUUCGUCUGCAGCAGGACCUUCAGUUCAUCAAACUGACUGUGCAAGGAGAUCUUGGGGUUGCCCUUGCUGUCUGUAGCAUCAACAACAUUCUCGAACUUUUUGAUCAGGGCUAACCCUACCCUUGGGCAAGAUUAGUCUGAGUCAAGCGGAUGGCUCCUCGUGGUCACACUGUAGAAACUAAUAUCCAUUGCUCUAGCUCCGUUGUUCAUUCUUGAAAGCAGUGAUACACAGGCUCCUCUGUUCUGUUCUGUUUUUCUCUUUGGACCCUGAAGUCAUCGUUCCAAGUCAAUGUAUAUUGGGUGAAACUUUCAGCGUCAGUGUAAAAUGACAAGCGAAGACAAGUACGAUUUAGUGACAGAUCCGGUUUGAUUCGGGCUUGAUCAUGGCAUUCGAUCCAAUCCCAAAAGAAGUCCGGAAGGUCUGGGACACAUGGAACCUCCGGGGAUUCAUCAUCCUCAGUCUAUCUCUCCAGACAAUCCUCAUCCUCUUCGCCCCCUUCAGGAAACGAACCUCCAAUAUGUUCAUGAUCUUCCUCGUCUGGUCGGCCUACCUGCUUGCGGACUGGGCAGCAGCCUUCGCCGUGGGGCUCAUCUCUAACAGCCAAGGCGAGGACAAUGAACCCGCUGAUAAUGGAGACCUCCUCGCCUUCUGGGCGCCAUUCCUGCUUGUCCACUUAGGCGGCCCCGAUACCAUUACUGCCUUUGCUCUCGAGGAUAAUGCUCUCUGGCUCCGGCACCUGAUUGGUCUUCUGUUCCAGGUCUUUGCGGCCUUCUACGUCUUCCUCCAGACCCUCCCGGACAACAAGCUCCUCGUCCCCACAAUCCUCAUGCUCCUUGCAGGAAUUGUCAAGUAUGCAGAACGGACCCGGGCGCUGUACCUUGCGAGUCUGGACAAGUACAAGGAGUCCAUGCUCAAGGAGCCCGACCCAGGGCCCAACUAUGCGAAGCUCAUGGACGAGUACGCAUCCAAGAAGGAGGCCAAGCUCCCGACCCGAAUCGAUAUGAUUGCAGAGCCCAAAAAGGACAGCGCCAAGACCACGGCCUUCGAUGACUUUCCACGGUACCUCAACGUGAUCGAUUCUGUGAAGUAUGCUUAUCAGUUCUAUGAGAUCUUCAAGGGCCUCAUCGUCGACCUUAUCUUCAGCUUCCGUGAGCGGAAUGACAGCAGAAGCUUCUUUCAGUCGAGAACAGCUGAUGAUGCCUAUAAUGUGGUUCUCAUCGAGCUUAAUUUCAUGUACGAGGCUCUGUACACUAAAGUUGUCGUGGUGCAUUCUCUAGUGGGCUACAUCUUCCGAUUCUUUGCUUUGGGUAACGUCAUAGCAGCCCUUAUCAUUUUCAUCCGAUUGGGGAAGGGCGGAUUCCACCGAUUCGAUGUUAGAAUCACCUACACCUUGCUCAUUGGUGCUGUUGCUCUAGAUUUGAUUGCGAUGUUCAUGGUCUUCUUCUCUGACUGGAAUGUUGCAAACAUCAAGAACUUGGCCAAAAGGUACCGAUCGGUGGGCGGUUUCGUGGACAGGUGCCUUAGUCCAAUCCUAAGCUCCUUCCUAAGGAGAAAGAUUCCUAGGACUUCAAAAAUCAAACUGGGGGAAAAAGAAUCACCAAAAAAGAAUCGGUGCCUUAGUCCAAUUCUAAGCUCCUUCCUCACCAGAAAGACUCCUAGGACUUCAGAUAUCCAACUGGGGGACAAAGAAUCACCAGAAAAGAAAUCGGGGGACAAAGACAAUUUUGUAUAUGAAGUGUUUGAUACUCCAGUGCUGUGUCGCCGGUGGGCAGAAUCGAUCUCCGCACACAAUCUCAUUGGUUAUUGCAUAAAGGAAAAGCCACGAAAGAUCUGCAAACCGAUGGGUUGCUUCGGCUGGAUGGUCCAUAUCAUAGGCGUCAUCAUCUCUUCCCCAUUCCUCGUCAUCGUGAAACUGCUGCAAUAUCUGAGGUUAUUUUUUGAGAAAUUAGGUCAAUAUUGCUGCUCUCAUUUGGGUUUCAUCGGGUCCUUGUAUGCUAAUGCUAUCUGGCUUUUCGAAGGGAUCUUCAUGUUUGUCUUCGAUAACUUGGGUUUGACUGAAAUUUACGAGGAGAUGACAUAUGUCUCGAAGAAUGCAUUACCUAAGGCACUGUGGAAGUACAUCUUCGAUGAGCUGAUAGUGAAGGCCUCACUCGCAGAUGAUCCCGAGACAGCGAAAAUAAUAUGCGAAGCCAAAGGCGACUGGGUCCUCCAAGACAAUUCCUUUGCAAUCGAUCACGAGAAAGUCUCACUAAUGCAAUACGUCAAGAACGUGGAGUACGACCAGAGCAUCCUUCUCUGGCACAUUGCAACCGAUCUCUGCUAUUACACCGAAGAAGAGAACAGCUUAAACGAGCAGAACAAUGAGAGGGAAUUCAGCAAGAUGUUGUCCGACUACAUGCUGUAUCUCUUGGUGAGGCAGCCCAAGAUGAUGUCUGCUGUAGCGGGAAUCGGGCAGAUCAGGUUUCGGGACACUCAUGCUGAGGCCAAGAAGUUCUUUGACAGGAGAGGACUGGAUUCUGUCGCAACUGAAGAUGAAAAAAUGAAGCAAGCAUGUGAGAUGGUCCUCGAUGUGAACACGGACGUUAGGCCCAUUGCAGUGAAGGGAGAUCGAAGCAAGUCAGUUCUAUUUGAUGCCUCUAUUCUGGCCAAGGAGCUGAAGAAGCUUGACAAGCAGAUGGAUAAGUGGAAGGUGAUGUGCAAGGUAUGGGUCGAGCUUCUGUCUUACGCUGCCAGUCACUGCAGGGCCGAUACUCAUGCUCAGGUGCUGAGCAAAGGUGGGGAGUUCGUCACUGUGGUUUGGCUGUUGAUGGCUCAUUUGGGGAUCGGAGAGCAGUUCCAGAUAAACGAGGGUCAUGCCAGAGCGAAACUGAUGGUGGGUAAGUGAAAAGAGAUUUAGAAGGUUUCCAGGAAUAUCACUUAUCAAAAUUGAUUCUUCUCUGCGGCUCCUGUUCUUAUGUCCUCAUUUUCUACCUGUCCUGCUUCUUUUCCAUGAAUUUUCUGCAGCAGGGCAUGUUUGCAGAUUUCACCCAGUUACCUUAGCUUUUGAGUUUAUAUCGGGUUAUCAGUCCUUCAGAAUGCUGAAAAAUAUUCGUGAUUUUGAUCGACAUGCAGAGAAAAUAUUCAGUAAUAUCACAGAGUGAUUGAUUUGCCGUUA